AUGGCAGAACACAACAGGGCAGUAAACAGAAUGGACCGACUAUCGUUAGCUGUGGAACACUGCGCGGAUGCCGGACACAAAUUCGCCUUCCAGAAUGCCGAAAUUAUGUGUCGGCGAAAUGACCACGUGGUCAGGGAAACAAUCGAGGCCUGGCACAGGGGAACAACCUCAAUCAAUCGUUGUGUGGCACUUCCCGCUGCCGACCAAGCUCUUCGAAAGCAGCUCAAUGAAGAAAAGAGCAAACGAGAACAUAGACGGAACGUGAAUCUGCCUACCUGCGAGCCGAUGAUGGACACACACGUAGCUGAACCACAACCGGAAGUAGCAAUCAUCAGCUCAAUUGGUUCAUCCGCUUGGUCUGCGAGUGUGAAACCGGACGGACGCAUGAGCACAAGUAGGAGUGCCGGCCGAUGGCGACAGCUUCAGUCGAUAGCUGCUCGUUAG